AUGGUGGAAGCCGACCGUCCAGGGAAGCUCUUCAUCGGAGGUCUCAACCUCGAAACCGACGAGAAAGCCCUCGAGGCGGCGUUUGGCAAGUAUGGCCGCAUCAUCGAGGUGCUCCUGAUGAAGGACCGGGAAACCUCCAAGUCCAGAGGCUUCGCCUUCGUCACCUUCGAGAACCCCGCGGACGCCAAGGCCGCCUCCCGAGACAUGAAUGGCAAGUCCCUGGAUGGUAAGGCCAUCAAGGUGGCCCAGGCCACCAAGCCGGUGUUCGAGAGCAGCCGGCGCGGCCCCCCGCCUCCCCGCAGCCGCGGCCGCCCGAGGGGCCUGCGCGGGAGCCGCGGCGGCGGCGGCGGCCCGCGGCGCCCUCCCUCCCGGGGCGGGUCGGCCGACGAAGGCGGCUACACGGGGGAUUUCGACCUGCGGCCUUCCCGGGCCCCGAUGCCGCUGAAGCGCGGGCCACCGCCUCGCCGGGCCGGGCCUCCGCCAAAAAGAGCCGCGCCGUCGGGCCCGGCGCGCAGCGGCGCGGGAAUUCGCGGGCGGGCCGCGGGCUCGCGGGGGCGAGACGGCUACGGGGGCCCUCCGCGCCGGGAGCUGCCGCCGCCGCGCCGCGACCCGUACCUGGGCCCGCGCGACGAGGGCUACUCGCCCCGGGAGAGCUACUCGAGCCGCGACUACCCGAGCGCCCGGGACCCGCGCGACUUCGCGCCCUCGCCGCGCGACUACACCUACCGCGACUACGGCCACUCGAGCGCGCGCGACGAAUGCCCUUCCAGGGGCUACUGCGAGCGCGACGGCUACGGGGGCCGCGAGCGCGACUACGCCGAGCACCCUAGCGGAGGCUCCUACCGAGACCCCUUCGACGGCUACGGCGACCCGCGCGGCGCCGGCCCUGCCCGCGGUCCGCCGCCAUCUUACGGCGGAGGCCGCUACGAAGAGUACCGCGGCUGCUCGCCCGACGGCUACGGCGGCCGCGACAGCUACCGCAGCGAGCGCUACUCGAGUGGCCGCGAGCGCGUGGGCAGGCCGGAGCGCGGGCUGCCACCGUCUGUGGAACGAAGCUGCCCGACCCCGCGCGACUCCUACAGCCGCUCGGGCCGCCGGGCGCCCCCCAGGGGAGGAGGCCGAGUGGGAAGCCGCCUGGAGCGAGGGGGAGGUCGGAGCAGGUACUGA